CUCGGACUGUAAUAAAGGAAAUAACACCGAAACGCUUCAGUCCUUCGUCUAAACCGAGGUCUAGCUACAUCUUUAAACCUGCUGCCUGCAGUCAGUUCUUAAUCCGGACAAGAGCCUCUACAGUCGUCGAAAUGGGCGUCAAAAUACAUAUCAUGUACUGUGGUGGAUGAGGGUACAGGCCCAAGGCCAUCAAGCUCACAACGUUGCUUGAGGAUGAUUUUCCAGGCGUCCUUGAGAUCACAAGUGAGGGCACUCCCACAACAACUGGGUGGUUUGAGGUGCAGGUGAAUGGCGAACUGGUGCACUCGAAGAAGAAUGGGGACGGCUUCGUUGACAACGAUGAGAAGCUUGCCAAGAUUGUGAGUGCCAUUGAGUAUGCCUUGAACAAAUGAAGCUGCGCUGAUGUCGGAGUUUGUUCGUCUCUGUCUGUCGACCUCUGUGAAACUGCAACAAUGAUGGUGACCUCCGAAGUGCCUCUGGCACGGAAGUUGCUUGAUGCUUUCCUGCUCUUUCACGGAGGAGGUUUUCCGAGUGGGCAAACUCCAGGAAACGGUUUUACGUCAUGUUUAGAGAAUUGAACCUUUCUGUUUGCUUCUAAACUUCUUGCUUUUGUUUGAAAAUACACAUGUUGAAAGAUUUGGAACAUUCGUGCAAUAAUAAACAGAAAACAAUCUCGAAAA